AUGAUUUUUAGAGGGAACGAAAUCAACGGUGUAACCUUCUCGGUGGCCAAGAAAAUAAAGAUAUCGGUGACUCACAACAAGAGACUCCCGAAAGUCAUAGAAGAUGAUAUCACCUUCACGGAGGAAGAUGCUGACAGACUUCUUCUGCCAUAUAAUGACGCUCUGGUAAUCUCUAUUAAUGCUUUAUAUUUCAAAAUUAAGCGUGUUUUGGUUGAUCCGGGAAGUUCAGCCAACAUCAUCCAAUGGAGAGUGCUGGAGCAAGUAAAGCUGACUGGAAGCAUCAUACCGACGAUAAAACUCUUAGCUGAAUUCAACUUGACAAGUGUGAUAACCCGAGGAGAGAUCGUGCUGGCCACGAAUGCUGAAAGGGUAACCAAGACUACUUUAUUCGAAGUAGUAGAUGGCAACAUGGGCUACAAUAUAAUCCUUGGGAGGUGGUGGAUACACAAGAUGAAAGUCGUAUCUUCGACAUAUCAUAAGUUAUUGAAGUUUCCAACACUGGAAGGGAUCAAGUAG